UGUCGCAUUGGAUUGUUAUUGGGGGAAAAAACACGGAGCUUCUUCAGAUGCCAUUUCUUUAACCAGCAGGCAGCUGAAACCAUGGCGGAACCAAGCAGACAGGACAUUUCUGCCAUUUUCAAGCGUCUGCGCUCCAUUCCAACGAAUAAGGUUUGCUUCGACUGUGCAGCUAAAAACCCCAGCUGGGCCAGCAUCACAUACGGGGUGUUUCUCUGCAUAGACUGCUCUGGGACUCACAGAUCACUGGGAGUGCACCUGUCCUUUAUUAGGUCCACUGAGUUGGAUUUUAACUGGUCAUGGUUCCAGCUUAGAUGUAUGCAAGUGGGAGGCAAUGCCAGCGCUAUUGCGUUCUUCAAUCAACAUGGGUGCAAAGCUGGUGCUGCUAAUGCUAAAUACAACAGCCGUGCCGCCCAGCUGUACAGGGAGAAGAUCAAAACUUUAGCCACACAAGCUACCAGACGUCAUGGCACUGAGCUGUGGUUAGACAGUCAGGGUCCUCUUUCUCCAACCUCACCAGAGGACAAGCAGGUGGACUUCUUCAGUUUGCAUUCACAGGAUGUACCUGAAAAUCUAAACAUGGCCAAAAUGAGUCUCAGCAGCCCCACACUAGAAAAGCCUUUAAUCGAGGAGAAAGAUGAAGAUCGAAAUGGAAAUUCAGAAGAAGGCCCAAGUGUUGAAUUAAUAAGUGUUUCCCCAAAAGCAAACCCAGAGCCUUCCUCACUUCUAAAAAAGAAGCCAGCUGCUGCCAAGAAAACUCUGGCCUCUAAGAAAGGCGGACUGGGCGCCCAGAAGGUCAGCAGCCAGAGUUUCUCUGAGCUGGAGAGAGCGGCUCAGGCUGCCGACAAACUCCGAGAGAAAGAAGAAAGCUCCACCGCAGGCGCCAAGAGGAACAUCACAGCUGAGGACUCCAUUGCUCCAUCCAUGCGUCUGGCCUAUAAAGAUUUAGAGCAGCAGAGGAAAAUCGGGGAGCAGAAGCUGAAGGGAUUGGAGGGGAAGAAGAAGGAGCAAGCUGAGCGACUGGGCAUGGGUUUGGGUAUGAGGAGUGGAGUUUCUCACUCCGUUAUGUCAGAUAUGCACAUCAUCCAGCAGGAGAGUCCGCUCGGAGCCAAGACCACCAAGGGCCGCAGAUUUACUGAGGAAGACGAGUACGACGGGACGUUUAGCUCAAGGAAUGUUUCACGGUUUGAGGAUCAAACGGACACCUCUGAAAGUUUCUCUAUGCGUUGGGGAAAUGAUGGCGGCAGCGGAGGAGGCUGGAUGAAUGAGAGCAAGAAACCAGAGCCGGACUUCUUCUUGUCCGCUGCCAUGUCUUCAUUUGACGACAGACCCGUUUCCAGGAGAAAAGCUGACUUGCCGUCCUACUCGGAUUCUGGAGAAGCUCAGAAAAAGUUUGGAGAUGAUGUCAAGGCGAUCUCAUCUGACAUGUAUUUUGGAAAGCAAGACAACUCUGAGUACGAAACCAGGACGCGACUGGAGAGGUUUUCAGGGAGUGCCUCGAUAAGUUCAGCAGAUCUUUUCGAUGAUCCAAAGAAAGAAACUGGAAGUUCAUACCGCCUGAGCAACGUGCUGCCCAACGCUCCCGACAUGUCGCAACUCAAACUUGGCGUGCGCUCAGUCGCAGGGAAACUGUCGGUCAUGGCUAGCGGCGUAGUCAGCUCAAUCCAGGACCACUACAACUCCUAAGUGGCAGUGUGAACAUAAAUCGCAUUUCCAGGAGCUCAGACAUCGAUGCUCGUAGCAAGUCUGCACGUUUACCACCAAAAUUAUUCUUUGUAUAUUUUUGGUAUUAAACAACGUGUGCAGAUAUGAAAAAAAGGAAAAAGAUGAUUUUUGUUUAACUUGGAGACUUGAAUACCAAUUACUCUGCUUUAAGGUUUCUGGGUUUGUGUAUUUAGAAGUGCUGUAAUUAGCAGAUGGAGUAGCUUCGUGGUCUCAUGAAGAGUUUUUUUUUUUUAUUUAUCUGAUCAAAUCCACACUAUUUGGGUUUCACCAGGUCAUCAUGCUGUUAAAGACUCCUCUUGUUGGUUCGCAAAAGCUUGAAAGUGUCCUUUUAGUCUCCGAAGUGCACUUAGGUUUGCUUCCUUACAGAGCGGACCAAAAGACGCCAGAAACCGUAAGGGACCAGAUGGUUUUCUAAACGUAAGCUACUGUUGAUUCUUUGAGUUGAGGUCAUACAAAUGAAGUUACCAAAAGAAGAACUGAUUCAUUAAGCUUUCAUACAAUAUGGUGGGAGGUUUAUUAACAUCCAUCAUGGACAUGAAUGUCAUUUUUUAUUUUGGGCUUCAGUUAAACUGCUUUUUUUUUUUUUUUUUUUGAUGUGUCAGGGUGAAGUUUUUAGGUUAACAAACAAUUUUAGUGUCUUUAAAAAUGAUGGAUUGUUUGGUAUAAUCAUUCCACCUUGAAAAACAGUUUGAAAUGCAUCUUUAAAAAAUUGGCAAAUAAUAUUUAUGCCCAUAUUUAUGAUGGAGUCGGGUGGUUAGCUCACUCAAACAGCAUGAAAAGGCACAAGAAACUUUGUAAGGCUAAAUUAUAAAUGUAAAACUGGUUUCCUCAAGUUAUCAAGACAAUAUAUUUUUUUUUUAAGUACCAUUUAAAAAAUCAGUUUACUUCAAGUAGAUUCAUUGCAAUAUUCAAAGUGCUUAACUAUUGUAAUAUUAAACUUUACUAAAAUUAAACGUGUGCCUUUAAUGCUGGUAUGGUUGGAUUUUGUAUAUUUUACAAAAUUCUUCUGUAGGAAAUCUUGUCAUUUUUGUUAGUUUUUGAAUCUUCGUGUCUGCUUUUUAUAAAUAUAAACCGUUCCAUUGUGAAAAUUGCCGCCUCUUUAGUCACUCAACUAAUUUUGAAAUAUUUGUAUAUUUUGGCAUGCAAGGUGGGUUUGAUUACUCAUCCUGGUUCAACUCAAUAGUUUACUAAUAAAAAAAGAAACGUCCAGGAAUCCAAACAGUCAGAGCAGAAGUUAAACACUGCCGAGGAUUUGCUUGGAAAUGCGACAGUUAGGCUUUAGCUCCGGAUUUCCUAAACAACCAUCUGCUAUUUUUUGGGGUGUUUUUUUUUGGAAGUCUGGUCCUCAAAGACCUAAUGUUGCCGUCCAAAUGAUGCACUACUCAUACCUCCUUAACUUCUAUUAUCCAUUACUUGACUGGUCAGAGCUAUUUUGGAUAGGAUGCUAACAUUAGCGCGUUUUCUUUUUGUUUAUUUUGGAGGCAAAAGUCAAAGAAUUUUACACCGUUAACAGAAUAUUUGUUUGCUCCGAUCACCACAAGCCUUGGGCCAAAUAUCAAGGUUCUUUACUUGAUUGUAAUGUUUUGGUGGGAAUUCUUGUUUUCUGUUUAUUCAAAAUUAGUUUGGAAAUUUGCACAUGGCAGCUUUGGCCUGGUUGUUUUUGGUCUCUGAGUUAAAGAUGCAUUUAUGUUUGCUUUGUCUCUUUUUGUAUGACGUUUUUCUUUUUUUAAUUUUGCAUGUUCACUAUGUAAUUCGUACAAGACAAAUCCUGAAAAUAAGAUGAAAUCAUAGUUUCCAGUAAUGGCUGUGUAGUACAGUGUUGUAAAGAGCUUUUGGUUAUCAUUUAUACAUAAAAUAAAGCUACUGAUGAUCAUUAUGUCCA